AUGAGCACGCAGAGUAGUACAAAGGCGCCCAAUUCACGCACUGCUCCCAUACGACCAGUACAUGUACAAGCUCGCGGACCACCCACGGACUACUCCCAGCAAGGUGACAUGGAGUCUAACAGCAAUUCAUCACCAAGGGUGUCAAGCGCGUCGACUAUCAGACCGGCGUGUAUCUCUGUUCUCUCAGCCCGCCCUCUACUGUCCAGGCUGACUGCGCUGCACAUGCCGCAGCCGAUUGUCUGGGGUACGGAGGCCACGAUGGGGCAACGCUCACUCUGCCAGCUGCUGUACCAGGACACAAAGCUCAUCCCAAUGGACUUCUUCACCCCCGUGACAUCGCACAACCCCUCGCGCCCAGGCCCGACGCGACACCGAACAGAUCCUCAAACAUCUGGCCCUCAUCCGGGGGCUCGCUGA